AGCACAGCCGGAGCGGUGUUGUUGCUGUGGGCAGCCUGUGGCAAGUUGUGAUGCGCGCUCGUCAGAGCUCGUCGCAUGAGUUCACCGGUCUCAAUCGAGCAUUUUGGAAGACUUAAAGGUAACCCGGCAGUGCCUAGUCAGCGAGCUUCACCUGUCGUUUCACCAAAGCCUGCUCCUUGUCCCCGCCUAGCGGGCGGCUCACGCAGGUUGGCGAUGCCGCCACCAUCGUCGACGAAUCUCUCGUGGCGGCCCAAGGGCCGCCGCCACCACCGCGACAGCGGCGGAAGCGGAGGCAGCACUAGAAACACCGGCACCGGUGGUCAGCAGAGACUCUUCCGCAGCCGGGAGUACGGCUCACGAGUGCUAAGCAGUCUGAGUGAACUGCGCGAGAGUGGCAUGUUGUGUGAUGUGACUCUGCGAGUGGAUGGCGAGGAGUUUGCGCUGCACCGCGUGGUCCUCGCAGCCAGUUGCCCCUACUUUGCGGCCAUGUUCCACUCUGGCCUUGUGGAGGCGGAUCGCGGCACGGUCGAGAUACGGGGUGUGUCGGCGACCAUUGCCGAUCUGCUAUUCGGGUUCAUAUAUUCAGGUGAGAUCCUGAUAACGCGGGACAACUGCCAGGAUCUGCUCGCAGCCGCCAACAUGUUCAGGCUCGCCGACGUGGUUCAGGCGUGCUGCGACUUCCUUCAGAGGGAGCUGCACCCUUCCAACUGUGUGGGCAUCUUUCGCUUUGCUGAGAUGCACGCAUGCACCAACCUGAAGCUGGAGGCAAAGCGCUUCAUCGAGAGGCGCUUCACCGAAGUCAUCAACGAAGAGGAGUUCUACGAGCUGCCCACCGAGACCCUUCGCCACUUCCUGAAGAGCGAGGGACUCAGCAUCGAUAACGAAUUUCAGGUUUUCGACGCCACCAUGAAAUGGAUCCUGCACAAUGUGCAAGAGCGGCGUUCCCUGUUCUUCGACGUUCUGGAGGCCAUCCGGUUCCCGGUGAUCUCGCGCAAGCAACUGGAGCAAUACGUCGACACCUGCCCCGACAGGGAGCUACAUGACGCUUUGCUCAAGUUGGUCCAAGACCUCAAGCCAGACCGUAGGCUCUGCAUCGACGGAAAGAGCAGUCAGGUACAAGUCGUGGACGUGCAACAGCAGCCUCGCAUGUGCGCUCGCAAGAGCGUCUACAUCCUGGGCGGCUGUCACCGGCACACGGGCAUGCGCUUUGGCGAGGGAUACAGUCUGGCCAGUGUUGAGCGCUUCGACCCCGCACGGGGACAGUGGGCAGGCUCGCUUGCCCCUAUGGCUCAUCCGCGUUCGGGGCCCGGUGCCGCGGCUCUCAACCAGCUUGUUUAUGUCGCGGGCGGGGAGAGCGACUGCCUCAUCCUGGACAGCGCUGAAGUGUUCGACCCCGUGGCAAACCGCUGGGAUAGCAUCACACCAAUGGUCCAGCCUCGCUGCAUGAUGGGCAUGUGUGCCUUGGAUGGCUGCCUGUACGCUGUGGGUGGCUGGGUGGGUGCCGAGCUUGGUGACACCAUCGAGAAGUACGACCCCGAUUUGGACACGUGGCAGAUAAUUAGCCGGAUGACAGUUGGCCGUUAUGCCAUGGGGGUGCUUGCCCACGACGGGCUCAUCUACAUCAUUGGUGGAUACAAUGACCUCAACUGCGAGCUUGCGCUCGUUGAGUCAUACAACCCGGUCACCAAUGAGUGGCAGACGCUGGCUCCGCUGCGGAAGCGUCGUGCCUAUGUUGGUGUUGCAGUCUUGCACGACCACAUCUACGCUGUUGGUGGCAGCAGUGAUGUUUCCUCUGCGCUCAACUCAGUCGAGCGCUAUUCCAUUGAGGAGAACCGUUGGACGGAGCUUCCCCCAAUGAGUAUGGCACGUGUGGGUGCAUCCGUCGUAGGUGUCAAUGGCCGCCUUCACGUGAUGGGCGGCCGACGUCCCUCGGGUUACGACCGGCCUUUCGCAAUCGGUGGGCCCCCCCUGACGCUGGAGUCGGCCGAGACCUACGACCCUGAGGUCAGCAUGUGGUCCAAGGCGACGCCUAUGCCGCUUAGCCGCUGCUAUGCCGCCGCCGUUGUUGUCUGAGCACUGCCACGAGUGGCCGCAGGCAACCCAGCAAAAAACUAAGGACCUCUUCUCAGCUGUCUCUCUUACUGUUGUUUCCUUUUUUUUUUUUUUUGAUGUGCUUGUUUUGUUGGCCACACCCUCCCAAUUCCCACGGUUCUGCUGGGCAUUUCUGUUGCAGACGUGCUCCUGCAAGCUGUGCUUGUUUUGUUCUUGCUCUUCAGUUCCAAAGCUUGGCAAGGGCUACAAGCCUAGUUUUCUUCCUGCACAGCCAUUUGCAGAAGCUAUUUUUUUUUUCAUUGGUAAUUUGUGAAUCUUUACCUAAGCUGCAUUUUUCUAUCUGCGAUAAUCAAACUGCAUCAGUGGUUUUAGGUUUUAGCAUAUUUUACAUUUUAUUUUAAUGUUUAAUUGCUGGCUGUCAUGUUAUACCAGCCAGUAUAACUAGUAUUUUAGAAUUUUUUAGCACAAGGACGCGGGUCUGUUUCCCAGCCACAUUGGCCUCGUUUUGAUGGGGGCGGAAUGCAAGAACACCCGUGUACUUAUAUUUAGGCGUACGUUACAGACCCCUGAGUGGUUGGUUAGAGUUAAUCCAGAGUUUCACCCAACAGUGUGCCUCAUAAUCAUAUUGCAGUUUUGGCACGUAAAACAACAAAAUUGAUUUAUUAAAUUUAUGUUUUAAUUAAUUGUACAGAUCAACUUCACACACCUGUACAGCCUCCAAGUGUGUUUCUGGACGCAUAACUGCAUAGAACUGCAAGACUUUUGGCCUGGCAUUUUAGGUCUCUGCUGCCCUUGUGACGAUAAUGGAAUAAAGCCUUGCUGGUCGACCAAGGCAGCUAUUUUAUUCAAAUUUUAUUCUUCCUACUGACAUUUGCGCCUCUUUAAUUAUCCCCUCUCUCUUUGCCUUGAUUAGAUGAUAUCAUGUCAUCACCAAACAAAGUAAAAGAAGUGCGAGAAUCUGUCAUAAGUGUACACUACCUUGCCUAUGCAAAUGGUGAAUGUUAUAGCCAACAUUCAUGUAUGUGAACCGAUAUUUAAAGAGAAUGUCCACUUAAAAAGCUUGAACCAGACACUGAUGCAAAGGCACACAACUCACACACAGUGGCCGUGUGCGUAUGUGCCCUUUUGUCCGCAUCUGGUUCGCACUUUUUAAGCAUACAAGGAUAAGCAUAAAAAGUACGCUUUUAAGUGUAAUUUUUUAAGCGCAUCCUGUAAGCGUACCAGCGGGCCGAAAUGGAUGCUCUCAGGAAGAGAAAAGUCGCGAUAGAGGGUUCUAGUGGGUCUGCAAGCGUUUCAGCCUUCAUAGAAUACCAUAUUAUCAGAGACGUGAAAUGCAACAGCAAUGUUGGUAGCGACAUGUUGUGUCUAUUUGUCCAACCACAGAGCAUUAAAUAUGUCUCAUUGUUACACGUUCUCUGUUAUUGAAGAAUCUUUUUUUUUUUUUUUCAUAAGCUGCAUGUUAAUGGAUAUGUCACUGCUAAAAAUUUACACCUAUAACUAAAUAAGAAAUCAUAAGAAAGAAAGCAGGGAAACUGAGCGGCCAAAAGCUUUAGUAAAGAUUGGACUUCCUUGUUGGGCAAACUUGUGCCCAGUAUAACAAACAGCACUCAAAACACAAUAGUAGCGAGCGCGAGUGUCGAUCCUCAAAAAUCUCCAGUCAAACACAUUUAGUAUUUAAUAUGUGUGUCAUCGUACAUUUCCGUAUAGUUGCUGGCGCUUGCUGUAAUAACAGACAAGAUUAUUUUGCUAUAGAAACGGUAGUAACGUUUGAGCAGCUUCCAAAAACAUGUAGGCGCGUCUUGCACCGAGCAAUAACCCUGCAACAUAUGUUGGCUGGUGAAAGUCGGGUCACCGGAAAACAACAGGUAAAUGUGUCGACACAUUUCACUACCACUAUAUACCUGUGUCCUUGCAGGCUAACCUCUGCAUCACCAGAUGGUACACUAAGCCAACCACUCUCAUUUACGUCUCUGGCAAUAUGGUAUACUACAAAAGGGCAGUAUGCUUGCGGACAGGCUAAACCUCCCUAAUUAAAAGUGACCAGAGUAUGUAGUAGUGAUAAAUGUUUGUGCCAAAAGGAGCCCACGUGUGUAAAUGAUGUACGACACGAUUGGGACUCCCUGCUUGAGGCUGGUGUUGUAGUGUUAUGGAGCAUGUAUUCUGAACUACUGGUUGUGCUUCAAACGUUUUGCCGGAACUCGCAUGCGCGACAGAAGUGCUUACGGGUGGAUAUGCAAACUGUUAAGAACGCUCUCAACUGACUGUCCUACACUUCUGUGUGUGGGUUUUCACAUUUGCCGAGACUUGUUUGCGAGACUAAAAAGCGUAGUUAUAUAUGUGGAUAUCACUUGUGAAAGCAUUGGCGCACCAUUGUUUGCAUACAAGCCUCGGCUCAACACUUUCUUUUGAACACCGCUGCUUGCAAAGAAGCUGCACCUUUUACAUGAAGUAGCUGCAGUUCAAUAACUCUCUUCAGUGAUCGGCGUGCUGUAGUACUGCAGCGGGCAUUUGCUAUGCCUGCUUUUGGUCCGUUUCUCAAACAUCAUGUUAUGGAAAUCUCCAAGAAGCGUUAUUUAUCGCAGUGACUGAUUCAUUGCUUAAAUGCAGGCUUGCUUCUUUAACAACUGUAAUGUGAAUCAACAAGGAGCUUUAUAUUUACCUGUGUUAAUUACCUUUCAAGGCCAAGGAGGGGUGUCAAGUUCGCAUGUUUGUGAAUGUAAGCAUUAGACUCUUGCCUGUUAGAUAUGAAAGUGAUACGAAAACAUCAGAAGGUUUGAAAGGCAGCCAAUGUGAUAAGAGGGGAGCAGCUGCCCUGAAGAGUGACUCUGCAUUGAAAGAUUGUUAGCAGAUCGCAACACUUUCUUGGGGGAGUAAAAUUAUACACCAUUUAGUGGGAGGCGUCAUCUGAAGAUGUGAUGACACACAUCAUGCAGCAUAGAGGGACUAAUUCACACGUGACGUCUGGCUUGCUUUUUGUUUCCUUUCAGUUUUUUUAUUAAGGGCCAACAUUGGGGCCAGACUAAAUUAUCAUUACACCUGGUACCCUUUGAGAAGCAUGGAUUAGAAAAAAAAAGCAGUGUGGUUUUUUAUAUGUGAGCUCUUUUUCCCCAUGUGUCCUGGAUGACUUCUUUCACAAGGAGUCUCAUACAAUAGCUAAAUCAACUGAGUAGUGCUUUAAAGCCAAGAGUUUGUAUUCUACUUUUGGUUGAUAGUGUUAAAAAUAGUAAGGUGCAAGUGCCUUUUGGAAGCCUUGAAAGCAAAGCUGAAAAGUGUAAGUGACGUAAAAGCUCUGAAAUAGUGAAAGUAAACCGAGUGCUUCAAGGGCACAAGCCAUGAAAAUAAUAUUGUAUCACUGCUACUUGUACAUUGUUUGACGUGGCCACCACCCAAUGUCGAAGUGAUAUAUGUGCAUGGCCUUGAGUAGGUGAUACGCUUCAGUCAGUCUGCAGUGUGAUAGAACUGCUAGCGAGUGCCAUGACACAUUUAGUCAAAUGUGAGAGUGAAGGGGUCUGCAGAUGGCUUUAUGUAUUGUUGAUGGAAUAUGCUUGGGAAGGUGUGCGCCCGGUGAUUGCUUUAGAAAGAACACUAAAGAGAAAACAUAAGCUCUUUAAACUAGGAAAUUAACAUUUAGAGGUUGCUUACUAGAAGAGCGGGCUUGGCAAGCCAGCCAAGCGUAAAAAGUGAGACGUGUGGCCGCACUAAUUCUAUAUUCUUGCCCCAGCUCUCAUAAUGUCGUAGAUUUUUCACCACGACUUCUUUGGCGUAACAGCUAAAAUUAGCAAUUUUCGCUCACUUUUACAGAGUCGCAGUGGUAUAGGUAUGAAAAAGAUACUACGAAAUUUGCAACGUCACUCUGAUGUACUAAUGUUCAAGUUUAAGCAUCAAAUUCAGAAAUUGAACAUCGACCUUUAUUUUCUUAUAAUAAGCUAUCACUUCGAAAUCAAUGAAAACGUCAGAAAAUACUUUGAGUACAAACUGACUUAUUGUUUUGUCUUUAGUGUUCGCUUUAAAGAAUGGUGAAUGUCGAGUACAUUACCCAGUGAAGCUUCUAGGACGGUGAAUUUACUUUUUGUAUAUUUUAGCCGCAAACUCACAGCCCUGAGUUAUGAAGCCUAUACAGAAUAGUAUAUACAUUUAGGGGACACAUAACUGCAACAGACAUGUAUUUAGCUGCUGGCAACGUCAAAUGCAACAAUCUUGAAAAAAAAAAAAUUGCACAAGAGUGCUUGCAUAUUGUGCAAUAAGAGAACAUGAUUUUGAAAAUAUUGAAUAGAAACAUUAACUGCACUUGUACUUGUAAACCUCAUCCAGGUGACAUUUUUUCCCAGUGUUCGUUUUUGAUGUUUUUAUGGUGUAGCAGUGCUCGUGUGCCGAGUAUGUGUGAAUUACGCUUGCUUUGAGGAUGCCAACUCGCUUGAAAGUUAACGGCUAUGUGUGUAAGGCACUUUCUGCUAUGUCACUUGACAAGGUUUCCGGUGGUAACUAACUUUCAUAACUGUAAACGUGGCUUACAAACACUGCCUUUUAUCUUGGUGUUUCGUAAAAUUAUUGUUGAGUUCUGCUUGUUAGAUGUAUCUCUUUGUGUAACUAUGACCAUCCCAUGAUCUUCCCACUUUCGUUAAGAAAAUGCAUCGGCCAUGUUGAAUGAUUCUCCAUCACGAACUGCCUCCUUUUACUGUUAAGGCUUCUCUACCCAAGCUUUGUCAAUUAUAUUUUGUUUUGUCUGUUUGAGCUCUCUCUUCCAAGUCUGUUCUCUCCUCCUACCAAUGAAAAGAGGGUGUAAAAUUUUACACCCUUUUAGGUGUCAAUUUGUUACGCCACAGUAAUUUCCAUCAAUCUUGCAUGGCUUUGCUUUGUCAUGUAAACCUUGUGCUUGGCAAUGCCAUGAACAUCUUAUGCUUUUAAAAGAGCCCCUAACAGGAAACUGCCUUGUGCACAGUGGUAAAAAAAGAAAAAAACUAAAAUUUUGAAAUUUAUGGUAGUUUUUGUGCAACAUCAUUUUACACCGUUUAGGGUGUAAUUCCGACUGCACCUUUAGGGUGUCAAUGUCAACACCCCUUAGGGCAUUGAAGGGGUAAUUGUCAUACUCAAAACAGGCAAUUUCAGCGACGCCCUAAGGGAUGUCAUUUCUUACCCCCGAAGUGUGUACAUGUUUUCAUGUAUUCUUCUAGUCUUUCUGUGGUGAUCGCUGCAUAGACGAGACAUAUAUCAAUGCAAACUCAAAUGUGUGAUGGACUCCAAGAAUGUGUCUUGCUUUUUCUGUUUUUGGGCAUGACACAGUAGGCAGCUUUCACAGCUACUCAUUCUGUAAACCUGAAUACAUAGUAUAGCAGCUUUUCGUUGUAUCAACCAGUGGGUCUGAUAACGCAGUCUUCCUCACAUAUUUUACCAAGGUGCUGGCUGCAGUCAGUACUUGUCUUUUUCUAUUUUCGUGUGGGUUGUGUGCGUGUGUUUGUCAACGUGUCUGACAUUUUCUGUUAUCGGUAAAGUUGUGCGAAACUAUUUCGAGCGUGCUUCGGAGGAAGUUAUCCUGGCAGGGUGCCAUACUUGUCGUGAGAGCCGAUGACCACAUCGCAAGGUGCAUUCUUUUUAGUGAUUGCCAUUGGAACUAGACAUCUCUUUUUGUUGUAACAUUAUGGUAUUUGGUGUAUAGAGGUUCACUUCUAGGUUAGGUUAUACGCACUAUUUGCCUGUGUUUGUUGUCUUAACAUGGAACACGCUGAGAUCUUCUUGUACUAUGCCUACUGCCAUUAUUAAGCCUAGUAUUGCAAUGAGUUAUACUUGUAUUUUAAACUGAAUGUCAAAGACAUUUAUAUGCUAGAAAAUGUUAAAAAAAAAGGGGGGGUAGACAGGCUCUCUUUCUGUUAGUGGUACCGGUGAAUACACUUGCAUUAUGUAAAUAGUACAUAUGGUUUUUGGUGUGAGGUGAUAUGAAAAAAAGUGAAAAAACAAGCUGCUUUAGUGUAGCAGUUCUUACUACCGCUGUACAAUUUGAAUUAAGUGUUUUAUUUAGCUAGUGACUAUAUUAUAAUCAGUGUGUAUGCUUUUAAGUACUGCAGAGUUGUGCGAGAUGUUAUUUUCUAUGCGCAGCAAUCUUUCUCUUGUUUUUGCAGGCAUUCGAAAGUGUGCUGUGGCGGUAUCGACAAUGCAGUGCAAUUUAAAUCACCCUUCCUGCUUUUUUUUUCCCAUGCAGUUUAUUGCAGAAGUUGCGGCAAAGUACGCACCACCGGUGGUAUUAUAGCAGGUUUGAGCAAAUGCAUUAGAAACACAAGCUACGAAUUUUAGCUGGAAAAAUAUUUUCAGCUUUCAAGCUAAGGAAUAUGCGAGUUCUAGUGCAUGCCAAAAUAUUUGGCUGCCUAUGCACAUCUUGUAUGGCAAGUAAACAUAUUUGUAGCGCAAAAAAAAAAAACCAGACGUAGACACAAGUAAGGAACACAUACACAGGACGGGCGCUAGCGCCCGUCCUGUGUAUGUGUUCCUUACUUGUGUCUACGUCUGGUUUUUUUUUUUGCGCUACAAAUAUGUUUACUAGUGAUUCAAACCAACUAGCCCGCAUCACCGCCUUGAUUGUAUGGCAAAUGACACUGAAAUGCAUAAGUAAAAAAAAAAUGCUGCUAGACAUUCAUAGAAGUUAUUGCUCAGAAGCUUAGUUCACUCGUUUUGCUUUGACUUUUCAAUUCACUCUGUGUAACUGAAUACUCUCCAUCUAGAUGGGGUUUAAAUCUGGUAAAUGUGAGUUGGUCAGUGUGUUGAACUGGCAUUAUGGCAGACAUUAAUAAAAUGGUCUGGAACCAAACUCUAACCACUCGUGGUGGGAAAAACGACGAACUUCUUUAUCAUUAGUGCCAGGUGUAUUGCAGAAGCCCUGUAGCAAAAACUAGUUUCAUACUUUCGCUGGUUAACUGGCCUCGCAACUUUCGGCAGAGGCUGUACCGGUGACACUUUCCUUGUUGGCAGAGCCAUGAAGCAAAACUCCCCGACGGAUCCCGAGUGACUAUAGCUGUGAUGCCUUCUGUAUUUGCAGACUUGCUGCGAGAACCAGUGACAGAUUUUAUCUCUUGCAGAAUGGCUUAGAAACGCUUAUGUGUGACCGUGUGUGUACAUGUAACUUUUUUUUUCUUUUUGCAGGCUCUUGCGCAUAAGUGCUUCCAUAGUGAACACUGUGGUCGCUCUUUCAAAAUUUUUGCCAAUUACUGCCAGAACACGUUCUGUAACAUAACUUCGUCGAAGGGUUGAAGCUGUUGAAAAUCGGUUCUGAUUUCAACACAGCUCUGCGAAAAUGAACAUGAAGUAGCAUCUAAGCUUGAAUCAAAAAGUAUGCGCUGUGCUGAAAAUGGAAGCGAUGCAGUGCCCCAGCAGAUUGAUAUUGCGGUCCCAUGGCCAUAACAUCGAUCCACCGAGGACAUCGUUGCUAUGUAAUUGCAGCUGUGAGCACUUUUUCUCUGUGUCGGUGCUCUCACUUUUCGCAAGUGAACAUAUCUCGCUUGUUUUCUCAUGCCGCAGUAUUUGAAGAGAGACAAGCAUGAGUGAUUUUGCACUGCCUUUUUUUGUGUGUGCUUGUAUAAGCGUACUGUGAGAAAGAAAAAAAAGUACAAAAGCUAUAUUGUAAAAAAAAUUAUAAAAUAUAGUCUAAUAAAUGGUUUGUACAAAGCCUC